UCGUCUGCUUGUUUGCAACGUCAUCUAAAGUUGAUUCAUUGCUUUCAAGUAGUCCCUAGAACGAUUUCCACCCGUCAAUGAAGGCGCCGUAGACUGAUUUAUAUUCAAAAGAUGUUCCAGAUUAAUUUUGUUGCAAUGUUAUUGUAUUUGGCUGUGAUAUUUACACUGUCCGUAUUAACAUCUUUGGCCUUCAAUCCGUUUAUGGAUAGUGAUCUACACUCCAUUGACUGGGCUGGUCCUUCGUCAAUCGACCAGAUUGAAGAUAGCAAGAAUGUUGUUGUGAUGAAAACAGGGGCUAACGAGAAGUAUAAAUGUGUUUUGCCUGAUACCAAAGAUUCUGAAGAUGAUUCAUCAAAGAGGAAUUAUGCUGGGCCUACACCUGAUGAGUUAAUGGAAUCUCUGUUUCAACAGAAAACUUGUUCAUACAGGAUUGAAAGUUACUGGACAUAUGAACUGUGCCAUGGCAAGCAUAUGAAACAAUAUCAUGAAGAUAAAGAACUGAGUAAUAAAAAGGCUCCCCCUCAGGAGUAUUAUCUGGGCUUUGCUAAACGGGGUUCAAAAAAAGUGAAAACAACAACAAAGACAGGACAAGUAGUGGAAGAACAGGUAGAGGAAGAAGUAAAAACACCAACAGAGAUUAAGAUCAAGAAUAGACAAUAUUGACCUGCCAUAUUUUGAAGUAAAUAUGACAGAUGG